AUGGGCAUGGUGAAGACAAAAGCGCACGCGCGCAGCUACGUGUGGUGGCCCGGGCUGGACGAGGCAGUGGAGGCGGCGUGCCGCGCCUGCGACACGUGCGCCGCGCUGCAGCCCGCGCCGCCCGCAGCGCCGCCGCAGCCCUGGCGGUGGCCGUACCGACCCUAUGAAAGGGUACACCUGGAUUUUCUAGGACCGAUAGAUGGCUGUACGUACCUGGUAACCGUCGAUGCUAGAUCGAAAUGGAUUGAAGUCUUCAAGAUGGGUAGGACGACUGCCGACGCAACUAUCACGAAGUUACGGCAGUCUUGGGCCCGGUGGGGACUCCCGCGACAGGUGGUUUCCGAUAACGGCCCACCUUUCUCGAGUAAGGAGUUUAGGGAUUUCCUUGGUAAUAAUGGGAUCGAGCAGAUGUUCACGGCACCGUACCACCCAUCGUCUAACGGGGCGGCCGAGAACGCGGUGAAAACUAUAAAAAACGUCAUAAAGAAGGCACGUCGAGAGAACAUCGAUACCCAGCUAGCGAUAUGUAGAUUUCUGCUUGUUUAUCACAACACGCCUCAUUGCACGACCGGGGAAACUCCCGCGCGUCUGUUACAGGGUCGCAACUUAAGGACUAGGCUAGACGUGCUGAAACCGGAUCCAACUAAGUUACCUAGCAAGGGUAGAACAGUUGUCAGUGAUAGUUCAAAGGUUCAUAGGGAGUUACGCCCGGGCGAUCCGGUAUGGUACCGGAAUUUCGGUCAAGGGACGAAAUGGGCCCGUGGCCUCAUCCAGGAACGACUCGGUAAAAGCAAUUAUACGGUUGAGGCUUGUGACGGGUCCCCCACGCAUAGACAUAUCGAUCAAAUAAAGCGGCGACCUAGAGGGUCAUGUGUGUUCCCCGAGCCUAUGGCGGAGAGCACUAACACUAGCACCGGCGUCGACGGCGGGUCCGAGCGGGCCGCGGCCCGCGGUGAGGCGGCGUGCGCGGCGGACGCGGACAACGCGCGCGACGCGCUCGCCCACGCUGUCGGGGAGGGACAGCCGGUGGAGGUGGAAGCGGAGCCCAUAACUGGACAGUCUUCCGACGCUGAACAAAUGAAGCGUGAUGAAAAGGGUGUCCCAGGAUCUCCACCGAUUGUCCCAUCUACUGACACGUCUAAACGUAUCCGCCGGCCAGUAAAAAGAUAUGGUUUUGAUUUUGAUUAG